AAUUUAGCUUGCAGUUAUCACGCUUCGCUUUACGUGGAACAAAGGGAUUCCGGCAUUCCGCAGUUGCUUCGUUAAACCCUAUCCAGUCCAGUCCAGUCCACCAUAUAAAGAUGCAAACUUUGUCCACUGCUUCUCCAAUUCAUCACCAAUGAUGGCUGCCAGAGACAAGAAAAGACAUUACCUCGACCCCCAACCUCCUUCGGACUCUAACAACCCUAAUAAAAAACCCAAACUUCAGAACUUUCCUUCCUACCUAGAAACCCCAAAUCUCUCUCCCAAAUUGAAACUUCUUUGCGAAAUCAUCGCCACCACCCCAUCCGCCUCCGUCGAGAAGCUCCUCGACGAAACCGGAAUUCGCGUCUCCCGAGAAGAUGUUGAACAAAUUCUCAAGCUCUCCUACUCCUUCCCCGGCCCCGCCGUCAAGUUCUUCCGGUGGUCCGGCCGCCAGCUUAGUGACAAGCUCAGCCCUUACGCCUGGAACCUCGUUGUCGAUUUACUGGGAAAGAAUUCCCUUUUCGAUGCUAUGUGGGAUGCUAUCAAGUCCAUGCGGAGGACGAGCAUGGUGUCCCUUGCGACUUUCGCCUCUGUCUUCAGCAGCUACGUCAUGGUCGAUCGUGUUAAGGAUGUCAUCAUGACGUUCGACGUAAUGGAUCAAUACGGCGUUGCUCGAGACAUAAUUGCUUUGAAUUCAUUGCUUAGCGCAAUUUGCCAGGGUGGGAGGACUACGAGUGCAGUCGAGUUCUUGCGUAUUGCCAAAGAGAGGAUACGUCCGGACACCGACACCUAUGCGAUUCUGUUGGAGGGUUGGGAAACUGAAGGGGAUAAGGUUGGUGCCAGGGGAACCUUCUCUGAUAUGGUGUGUGAAAUUGGGUGGAAUCCGCAGAAUGUGCCCGCUUAUACCUCGUUUCUGUGUACCUUGGUUAAGGGUCGGGCUGGGGUUGAUGAGGCUAUCAAGUUUUUUGUGACUAUGAUAGAAAGGGGUUGUUGUCCAGGUAUUAAGUUCUUUGAGGUUGCAAUGGAGGAGUGCUUGAGAACUUGUGAUGUCAGAGCCGCAGAGUUUCUCUGGGAGUCCAUGCUAAAGAUCUGUGUCAAACCCGACAUCAGUAUGUAUAAUAAUAUGAUUGCUUUAUAUUGUUAUAGUAACAAAAUCGAUGCUGCAAAGAGUAUUUUCGAUGACAUGGUUUGUAACGGGGCAUUCCCAGAUACACAGACCUACAAUAUCAUGUUUCAAUUCUUCCUUAAAAUUAGGAAGUUAAGAGAGGCUUCAGUGUUAUUCAAGGAGAUGAUCAAGAAUGAAUGUAUACCUAAUCAAGCAAAUUGCAUUGCAGCAAUUAGAAAUUUCAUGGAUGCUGGGGAGGUUUAUAUGGCCAUUAAAGUUUGGAAGUGCAUGUUAGACAAUCAUGAUUCUGACUUGGAGGAGACCGGAAACUUCUUGGUGGUUGGGCUUCGUGAUCUCGAUAUGAUCCCAGAAGCUGUUAAAUAUGCUGAGCUUAUGAUUGAGAAGGGGAUCAGGCUGGCCUCUUCAUCAAUGUCCAAGUUGAAACAGAGACUUUACAAAGCCGGCAAGGAGUCUGUGUAUGAGGAUCUUUCGAAAAAGUGGAAAGCCAAUUAGUUGGCACCAAACACCAGAAAAUAUUUGCUGCCUAGAGCAAUUCUGCAGGAGCUUAGCUUAGCGCAACCGUUUGAUAAAGGUGAAAGAGUACUGCAGAGCUGAAGCAAGUGAUGAUAGCUAAAGCCAAAGGGCCCAACGAAACAACGAACUUGUUUGAUUUUUUACAAGGAAACAUCAAAGGCGAGGCUUCAAAUGUUGAGAUUGACGCAUGAUCUCAUGUAAGAUUCACGGUUCCACAUGAAUUAUGUGUCCAUAUAAGCAUUUGGGAUUUGAGAUAGAUACGACAAAAAAACACUAAAAUCUU